CCGGGUUGAGCGCCGUGACUGACAGCUCCGCGCAGCCAUUGGCCGCCGCGCCGUGUGGCGGAGUCCGGCGCCCAUCUCCUCGGUGACCGGGUGCCUCAGUAGAGUGAGCCGGAGUCUGGGGGGGACGGAGAGCUUCAUCAGAUGAAGGAGCGAUACUCUUGAAACAUGACAAAGAUCUGGACUAAUUAAAAGUUUUCCUAUUUCAGGAAAAAAAGCCAAAAUGUAUAGGCCAGGGGAAACAGUAAAACGUCGACUCAACAUGCAUGCUCCUCCUCGGAUAAGAAGCGUGGAAGUGGCUAGAGGAAGAGCAGGUUAUGGGUUUACCCUUUCAGGACAAGCUCCUUGUGUUCUUAGUUGUGUUAUGAAAGGAAGCCCUGCAGAUUAUGUUGGACUUAAAGCAGGAGAUCAGAUAUUUGCAGUUAAUGAAAUCAAUGUGAAAAAAGCCUCUCAUGAAGAUGUAGUGAAACUUAUAGGAAAAUGUUCUGGAGUCCUGCACAUGGUCAUUGCUGAAGGGAUUAGUCAUAGAGAUUCAUGUUCAAGUGAUGAAGAAGUUGGUUUUUAUGAUGGGAAGGGGUGGCUGAAACCCAAACCUGACUCUAAAGCUCUGGGUAUAAACAGAGCAGAGAAAGUUGUUGAAGAAAUGCAGUCUGGUGGCAUUUUUAACAUGAUCUUUGAGAAUCCUACUCUUUGUGCUGGUAACGUGGAUAAUACUGCACCAAAACAAAGAUCGUUUUCAGAUUCUGCUGCUAUUAGAUUUGAAACUGGCAAUGAAAGCAUAAGCAAUCCAAACCUACUGUCAAAGGAAGAAAUGUCCAAAGUCCUGAAUGAUGAUUCAGUUUUUAGAAUUGGACUGGAAAGUGCGGAAGACUUUGGAUUAGAUGCAAGCAUUUUAAAUGUUGCCAUGAUUGUAGGUUACCUAGGCUCAAUUGAACUUCCUUCAACAACCUCGAAUUUGGAAAAUGAGAGUUUGCAGGCUAUUCGUGGAUGCAUGAGACGUCUGCGGGCAGAACAAAAAAUCCAUUCACUAGUCAUGAUGAAGAUAAUGCAUGACUGUAUUCAGCUCUGCAGUGAUAAAUCAGGUGUAGUGGCAGAAUAUCCUGCGGAGAAACUGGCAUUCAGUGCUGUUUGUCCAGAUGAUAGAAGAUUCUUUGGACUAGUUACAAUGCAGACAAAUGAUGAUGCAAGCUUGGCUCAGGAAGAUGAAGGGGUUCUGAGGACAUCUUGCCAUGUUUUUAUGGUGGAUCCUGAAUUAUUUCAUCAUAAAAUUCACCAGGGCAUAGCAAGGCGUUUCGGACUAGAAUGUACAGCAGAUCCAGACACAAAUGGCUGUCUAGAGUUUCCAACAUCGUCUCUACCUGUUCUUCAGUUUAUUUCUGUUCUGUAUAGGGAUAUGGGCGAAUUGAUUGAGGGAAUGCGUGCAAGGGCUUUUCUUGAUGGUGAUGCAGAUGCUCAUCAGAAUAAUAGUACAAGCAGUAACAGCGACAGUGGAAUUGGAAAUUUUAACCAAGAAGAGAAGAAUAAUAGAGUUCUGGUGGUUGAUUUAGGCAGCAAUCCGAGUAAACACAUUCCUAACAGCAUAUGGGAAAAUCCAGUAGGAAGGGGACAAAAUCAGCCUGCUUCCCAUUGGAAUGGCUUUUGUCAUGAACAAGAAGGAAACAUUCCUUUAGAAGCAAUUCAGAAUGAUAAGUCCCAAAAUGUAAGCAAACACUUAAGUCCUUCUGCUCGUAUUGAAGUUCCACUGGUUUCCUCCCGAAAUUCAGUACCCCCAGCAAAGAAAAAUGCUGCAGGCAUAGGCAAUCAAAGGUGGUUGCCUGUGCAUGUUUUACAGGAAUGGCAGCAUGGAAAUGCCAGUGAUCAGGAGUCAUACACUGAUUCUACGGACGGUUGGUCAAGUGUUAACUGUGGAACCCUUCCCCCACCAAUGAAUAAGAUUCCAGCUGACAGAUACAGAGUUGAUGGCAGCUUUGGUCAGCCGCAGUUAAAAUCUCAUAAAAACGAAUGGUCUAAGAAGAUGUUUUGCAUGCAGAACAAAUUUGGCCCUUCGCACAGUAUUAGGAAGUCUAAAGAAGAUAAAAAGGGUGCAAAAUUUGGACAUCCAAUGGGAUUAAAUCAGGCUCCUCCCCCGCGUUCUUCUGUUCGAAGAUCAUUUGGAAGAUCUAAGCGAUUUAGUAUUACUCGGUCUCUGGAUGACCUUGAGUCAGCAACUGUUUCUGAUGGAGAGCUGAAUAGUACUGAUUUAAAAGACUGCAUCAGUGAAAACAGCCUCAGCAGCAAUGCUAGUCUUCCCAGUGUACAGAGCUGCCGACGACUUCGAGAGAGAAGAGUUGCAAGCUGGGCUGUUUCAUUUGAGCGUCUUCUUCAGGAUCCUGUUGGUGUUAAAUAUUUUUCGGAAUUUCUACGGAAAGAAUUUAGUGAAGAAAAUAUUUUAUUUUGGCAGGCCUGUGAAUAUUUUAACCAUGUACCUGCACAUGAUAAAAAAGAGCUUUCUUACAGAGCACGGGAGAUCUUCAGUAAGUUCUUGUGUAGCAAAGCUACAACCCCAGUUAAUAUUGAUAGCCAGGCACAGUUGGCAGAUGAUAUUCUCAAUUCUCCACAUCCAGAUAUGUUCAAGGAACAGCAACUUCAGAUAUUUAACCUGAUGAAGUUUGAUAGCUAUACUCGCUUUCUCAAAUCCCCCCUGUACCAAGAAUGCAUCUUAGCUGAAGUAGAAGGUCGACCUCUUCCUGAUCCUCAGCGUGUUCCCAGCAGCCCCACUUCUAAACACAGUAUCAGUUCAGAGAAGUCCAAUAUCUCAACACCGAAAAAGUUAAGUGGCAAAUCAAAGUCAGGAAGAUCUUUAAAUGAAGAGUCAGGAGAGGAGGAUACUGAGAAGAAAAAAAGGGGAACAUUUUUCUCAUGGUCAAGAAGUAAGAGUUUGGGAAAAUCACAGAAGAGAAAAGAAAAUGGUGAUUAUCCAAAUGAUUCUAUUCAGUCCAAUGGAUUGUCAUACAGACGGGAAUCACAAGGCUCCAUGUCAUCAACUGCUAGUCUUGACUUGUCUGAAGCCUCAAGAUUACCUGCAUUUGUACCAGAUAAAGAGAAAUCCCCCAAAUACUGCUGUAUAAACCUUCCGGAUGGUUCAUCCAGCAAAAUGGCUGUUAAAUCUGGAUUCUCUAUCAAAGAGGUGCUGUCUGGGCUCUGUGAGAAACAUGGCAUUAACAUAGCUGCAGUGGACCUUUUUUUAGUUGGAGGUGACAAGCCGCUUGUAUUGCACCAAGACAGUAGCAUCCUGGAGUCUCGGGACCUACGUUUAGAAAAACGCACUUUAUUUCGGCUGGAUCUUGUUCCAAUCAAUCGAUCAGUUGGUUUGAAAGCUAAACCCACCAAACCAGUAACAGAGGUCUUAAGGCCUGUGGUUGCAAAAUAUGGUUUAAAUCUUAAUGAACUUGUGGCAAGACUAAAUGGUGAGCAGGAACCACUUGAUCUUGGUGUCCCUAUAUCUAAUCUGGAUGGUCAGCGAGUUGUUCUAGAUGAAAAAGAGCCAACAAAGGGUAGAGUGUUUACAGAUAAACAAAAAGGUGCAUCAGUAAAACAGAGUGCAACUGUAACUACUUCAAGAAAUCAAGUAUCUACUGGAGAGGGAAGAACUCUAGGAAAGUCUAAUUCUAUCAAAAUGAAAGGCGAAAAUGGAAAAAAUGCUAGGGAAGUCCGGCUGUCAAAGAGAGAAGACUCUAUUGCAAAGAUUGGGAAAAAAAAAUGUCAGAAAAUAAAUUUGGAUGAAGCAGAGGAAUUUUUUGAACUCAUAUCCAAAGCUCAAAGUAACAGAGCAGAUGACCAACGUGGACUGCUAAGGAAAGAAGACCUUAUUCUUCCUGACUUUCUUCGUUUACCGCCCACUGGACCAGAACCAUCCUCAUCUACUCCCGUAGGCCCUAAAGGCCUCAACAAGCGAGUUUCAAAAAAUGAUGGCAAGGAUGGAUGUACAUCACCAACUGGACAACAGGAGUCCUUGCAAAACUUUAAUGAAAAUUCAGUUAAGAAAAUGGGUUACUCAGAGAAUAAACAUAAAUCUGCUUUGACAGCACUCCACAGUCAGAAGACUUUCAGUGUUCCUUUUAAUACUGCAUUGUCUCCAAUUCCGCAUGCACAGGAAAACAAUGCAACAAUAUGGAAAAGGCAGUCAAGAGAAUUGCAAGCUGAAGGCAUACAGACGGUGGAUGAUGAGAAUGUGGCAGACUUGACUCUUGUGGCUGAAGGAGAUAUUAGUAGUCCUAACAGCACUUUGCUACCACCGCCACCACCAACACCACCGUCAGACAUCAGUAAACUCACAGAAGCCAACUAUCCACCCCCAACUCCUUUUGCAGGUAAUCAGGAAAAAUCUGGAUAUCAAAGAUCCAAUUCAGGUAUUUCUAGAUUUUAAUAGUCUUUCCUUUCAUGUAAAACUACUUUUCCUUGGCACUGUUAAUCAUUAUUUGGCACCCAUUAAAACAAGAAAGAAAAUUCUCUCUGCACCUUAAGUUUUUUACAAAAAAAAAAAAAUUUUCAUUGCCUUAGUCUGUACUAACUGUAAUAUUUCUGGUUGCCUUUAACAAUGUACUUUUGUUUGGCUUUGGCAUGUGGCCGGAAAUGGACACAUGCAGACAAACCUUUAAAAUACAUCCAUGUACUAUAAUUAUCUCACUCUUUACCCUAGGAGUACAAAACACGAUAUCAGCAUUUUGAGCUGCAUAACACUGUUGCGUUCCAGAUUUUCUGAUCCAUUUGUCAUAAUGAGAUACAUGAUUAGGGUUUGGAAGUUUUAAGUGCUUUAGCAGGAACCCUAAUUAUGUGUUGAAAAUUGCAUUCCUGUUUAUGAUUAAAAUUUGAAAUGGGUAAACCUUAAUUUAAGAAAUAUUUCUCUAGUAAAUUAGAUUUUUGUGACUAAAAAUAAAAAUGUUAGGUUUUUUUUAACCCAUACUUUGCUACACAGAGAAAUAGGUUGCAUCUAUCACGCUUUCUCCCAGAAUAUUCACAUGUGAAAUAACUCUUCCUAUUAGAUCAUUUUAAAGAAAAUAUGUAACUUUUUUUAGGAUGUAAGUUUCAUGGUCUAGCAAUAUCACAGAGCAAUAUUAGCGCAAGGCUGAAGUAUGGAAUUUCUUUAUAAACACGGACUCUAAUCAUAAUUGGUAUUACCGGAAACAAGAGUUUGAAGACAAUGGGUGUUGUGACAUUGACGUUUUACAGUCAUUGUACUGUACAUUUUAAUGUAAAAUAUAAGAAGAGGUAUCUAUGUGCUACAUUUAUUUUUGAUGUUUCACAAACAUGUGGUGCCAUAAUUUGUAUGAUCACAUUUCUUUGUGAUGUGGGAAUAUACAUUUUAAUUAUUUAUCUUUUUACACAGAGUAUUUGAUACUGUUCUUUAUCUGUAUGGUUGAUGAUUUGUAAAUACUUCUUUGGUUGUUGGAUGCUUAUAAAUGGCAAUGCAGAUUAUUUCUUCCUCUCGGUAUUUUAAAAACAAAUUCCUUUAUUAGUAGUGUUUGAGAAAUGUUCUAUAAGCGCUACCACUUAAUUUCUGAAACUGGGUAUUGAACAGACUUGUAAUCAGUGCCUACACAUAACAAAAACACAAAAUGUACUUCAGACUUAUUGAUGUGUAUAUGCAUAGAUUUGUGUUGGUGUCUUUCUGAUAAUAUGACAAGUGUACAACAUAGGUAUCAAUUUGCAUAUUUUUCAGUGAGAACUGUUAAAAAAACCAUUUGCACUUAAAAAAAACUUCAUGAAUUUACAGUAUUUUAAUGCAUGCCAUACAUUUCUGUGUAACCACUGAACUGUAGCUUUCCCUUUUCCCACUUUCUACUUUUUACUUUGUAGAAAUCUUUGUGUAGUUUUCACAUGUAUUUUGUAUCUUUGUUCUCUCAGGAGUAAUAAAUUCUAGACCUAGUUACGCAAACUGGUUUUAAGCUUUGAUUUUCUUCAUUAUUUAAAAAUGGUUCUUUCAGUCCUGGAUUAAGAAUUCUGAUUGAAAUUAUCUUCUAAUAACAAACAGAUUAAUAGAUAUGAACUAGCAAUUGCCAUGAGACAAAGCUGACAAACGUUAUAUUUGUUAAUAAUCUGGAUAUCAAAGGGUAAAUGCUGUCUUGAGAUGCUGAUGGGUCACAUGUGAAAUCCAUAGCAUUGACAUGUGCACCAGAAGGCAGAUAAGACAGGAGAUUUCUUUAAAUGAGUCAUAACAGGAACUCCUGAAAGGAGAGUCUCUUCUGUCUUUGGGUUCUUGGGCUAAACUUUAUAUUCAUUACUUUCCUUCUUAUUUUAAACUAAAGCAAUUCUUCCCUGGCCUUUAAGAAACGAGCUGGUGAUCUCGGUUCAUUUGAUGUGGGGUAACCAAUGUAACAACCUCUUUACUGA